UGGGGUAUAUAAACUGCAAAACAAGCCAUAUUCAGCACCAGAGAGCUUAGCCCAAAAUGAAGGCUUUCCUUGUCCUCUUGCUGGGAGCAGCCCUGUGCUUGGACUCAGGUUCUUCUUUGAAGUGUUACAGCUGCAACACACAGCUCAGCAACUCCAAGUGUCAGACACAAGUGGACUGCAAGAAUGAGGAAACCUGCAAGACAGAUGUGAUCAGGAUCCUAGGGGUCAGCAUCAUCAGCAAGGGCUGUGACUCAUCAUGUGAAGCCAACUAUCAGGACUUCAGUGUAGGCCACAGGAACAUCUCCUGCUGCAGCAGUGAGCUCUGCAACACCAAUGCAGCAGGCAGUGUGAGGUGCAGCCAUGGGAUCGUGGCAGGGAUAGCAGCCAGCCUGCUCUGGACCUUCCUGAACAACAGGCUGUGAGGAGCAGUGAGGACUCCCAUGACCACAGAAAGCCUUGGAGCACCCUUCUUCUGACAGAAAUUGUGAUGGGAGCAAUGCAGAGUGUGGGGCAUGCAGCACUUUUGGAGCUGAUGGCAGAUCUUUGCCAUAUGAGAGCUUCUUCUUCACUGUUAUUGUAUUGCUGUAGUGCUACCAGACAAGAAAAUGUGUGUGCAUGCUUUCUGCAAAACACCUAAAAUAUACUUACUGUUGAAUCACA